UUAGGGAUUCAUAUUUAUUUCCGCACAUUAAAUGAAAUUACAGGAGCAAGUUUAUAAACUCACGUAUAUAUGAUAUCGGUAUGCAAACUCGUAUAACUUGGGUAGAUAAGGUUCAAGAUAGAAUGGAGCAAUGUAUUUAUGAUAUAUGUUAUAAUCCAAGUGGAACUCAAUUAAUUGUUGCUGCAGGGCAACACGUUUUAGUUUAUGAAUGCAAUGAUGGUGCUUUGAUUCAACUUUUAAAAGGUCACAAAGAUAUUGUAUAUUGUGUAUGUUAUGCAAAAGAUGGGAAAAAAUUUGCUUCUGGAAGUGCAGAUAAAACAGUUAUAAUAUGGUCUUCAAAAUUAGAAGGAAUUUUAAAAUAUUCACAUAAUGAAGCAAUUCAAUCCAUGCAAUUUAAUCCAGUGUCAUACCAAUUGCUUAGUUGUUCUCUUUCUGAUAUUGCAUUAUGGUCUAUAGAGCAAAAAGCUGUUCAAAAAUAUAAAUUGGGAGGGAGAGUAAAUUGUUGUUCAUGGACAAAAGAUGGAAAAUAUAUGGCUUUGGGAUUAGCAACUGGUUAUGUUUCUAUUAGAAAUAACGCUGGAGAGGAACAAUUACGAAUUGAUCGUUCAGGAGAUUCACCAAUUUGGUGCUUGGCUUGGAGUUCAUCUAAUGAUCCUGUGGAUAUUAUUUGUAUUGGCGAAUGGAGUGGAAUUUUAUCAUUUUACACUUUGAGUGGAAAAUUAAUUGGAAGAGAGCGUAAUUUAGAUUUCAUUCCAUUGAAAAUUUGUUAUUUUCCUAAUAAUCAAUAUAUUAUAGUUUCUGGAAGUAAUAAACAAUGCAUUCUAUUGUCUCAUGAUGGAAUUCAGUUAGCUUCAAUAGGAAAUUCAUUUUCUUCAUGGACUUGGUGUUGUGCUAUUCAUCCAGAAUCAUCGCAUGUUUCAAUUGGUUGUCAAGAUGGUAUAAUAACAAAUUUUGAAUUGUCAUGGAACAUUGUUCAUGGAUUGUACAGAGAUAGAUAUGCUUAUAGAGAAAAUAUGACUGAUGUUAUUAUUCAACAUUUAAUUACAAACGAAAAGGUUCGGAUUAAAUGUAAAGAUCUUGUUAAAAAAAUUACUGUGUAUCGGGACAGAUUAGCUGUACAAUUAUCUGAUAGAGUAAUAAUAUAUGAACCGUUAGGAGAUACUGAAGAUAUGCAUUAUCGAAUUAAAGAAAAAUUAACACAAUCUUUAGAAUGCGGCCUUCUUGUUGUUACUACCAAUAAUUUAAUACUUUACUUAGAUGAGCGACUUCAAAGUUUAUCAUUUUUAGGCAUUAUUGAAAGAGAAUGGAUACUUGAUAGUUCAAUUUGUUAUGUAAAAAUAGUUGGUGGUCCACCAGGUCAAGAACGUUUAUUGAUUGGAUUAAAAAAUGGACAAGUUAUGGAAAUUUAUUUGGAUAAUCCAUUUCCUACUCUUUUAGCUAAAGUUGAUGGACCAAUCAGAUGUAUAGAUAUAAGUUCUAUGAAAGAAAAACUUGCAGUAGUUACUGAUAAUGGAAUUCUUUCUGUGUUUGAUAUUUUUAAUAAUAGAAAAUUGCAAGAAUUUCAAGAUGUAACAAGUGUUGCAUUUAAUACUGCUUUUGAAGAUAUGAUGUGUUUUUCUGGACAAGAUUAUCUUGCCAUAAAAGUAGACAAUUUUAAUGAAUAUAAACAAAAAUUUUCUGGAAUUAUUGUUGGUCUUAAUGGUUCAAAGAUGUAUUGUUUACAUGAAUCAUCAAUCAUUACAAUGGAGAUGCCAUUAUCAUCAUCCAUGUAUCAAUAUUUAGAAUCAAAAAUAUUUGAUCAAGCUUUUGCUAUUGCAUGUCUUGGAGUAGCAGAUUCUGAUUGGUUUGCUUUAGGUGUUGCAGCUCUAGAUCAUUUAGAAUUUGAUAUAGCCUAUGAAGCUUUUGCUAGAACUAAAAAACUAAAAUAUGUUGAAUUGGUAUUAGAAAUUAAAGAAAAACUCAAUUCUGGGGAAUGGGGUAAAGAAGCUUGUAUGGCUACAGCUGCAGCAGCCUUGGGUAGAUUACAAGAGGCAGCAAAACUUUAUCAAAAAGCUGGCUUAGAGCAGCAAGCUCUAAAUAUGUACUCUGAUUUAAGAAUGUUUGAAAUUGCACAAGAAUUUCUUACUAGUGGAAAUCAUCAUGAUCGUAUUACUCUACUCAGGAGACGAGCUGAAUGGGCAAAAAGUUUGGGAGAACCACGAGUUGCAGCAGAAAUUUUUCUUUCUGCUGGAGAUAUACAAAGAUCUAUAAAAAUAAUAUCAGAAUAUGGCUGGAUUGAUAUGUUGAUUAAAGUUGGCAGACAACUUGAUAAAGCAGAUAGAGAAAAUCUUACAAUAAUUGCUAAAAGACUUAAGCAUUUAGGGGCAUCUCAAGGAGCUGCUGAAAUUUUUAAUCGUUUAGGAGACGAUUUGGAUGUGGCAGAUGUAUUAGUAGAUGCACAAGCAUGGCAUGAAGCAUUUGAGCUUGCAUUAAAAAAUCCAAAACUUAAGUCGAGAGUAUAUGGCCCUUAUGCAAGAUGGCUUGCAGAAACUGGACGAUUUUCAGAAGCACAAAAAGCUUUUGAAAUGGCUGGACAAACAGAAGAAUCAAUUUUGGUUUUACGCAGAUUGGCCAAAAAUGCUGUAUUAGAAAACAGAUUUAGAGAUGCAUCAUAUUUUUACUGGCUUUUAUCACAGCUUACACUUAAAUUGAAAAAAAGUGCAAAAGAAAUUAAAACACAAUUUAUGAUAUAUUAUGAGCAAGCUGACAUUUACUACGCUUAUCAUGAAGUAUAUAAAUAUUUGGAAGAACCAUUUACAGCUUUAAUGCCUGAAGCACUAUUUAAUAUAUCAAAAUUUUUAUUGACUAAAAUUCAAAAUAUAAAAUUGGAAGGUGUUUCUAAAAUAACCAUCAUAUAUACAUUAAUAAAACAGGCAAAAUUGUUAGGAGCAAAUAAAUUAACAAUGCAGUUACUCGAUUAUCUACGUGGAAUGAAAAUAUCAAAACAACUUUUAAUACAAAUUGAAUCCUGGAUAAUUGCUAUAAAAGCAUUCCCAUACAGAGAUCCCGAAGAAUUAUUACCGCUUUGUAAUAGAUGUUCAACAUAUAAUGCUUUAUUACCUAUAAAUACUGAAUGUAAUAAUAGUUGUACUCAGUGUGGACUCAAAUUUGAGUAUUCAUAUGUUACAUUUGAAAUUUUACCACUCGUUGAAUUCGAAUUAGAACCAGGAAUUACUGAUGAAGAAGCCAAGAAACUAAUUGAAGAAUCUUGUCAAAUCAAUGAUAAUUCUAUUGAUACUGUUAAUCAGUUUACUCUUCUAAAGAAUCAGUCGGAUUUAUUUAUGACUCGAUUAGUACAGUAUGAGGAGAAAUUUAAAAAUUCAACUGUGACAGUUGGUCGUGGUGUAUUGAAAAGUAUGGAUGCAUCUUCAGUAUUAAUUGUUAAAUGGCCUGAACCAUUUACUACUCGAUAUUAUAGAAAUCUUUUACCUGAUUUACAAGUUACAUGUUGUAAAUCAUGUUUCAAGUUAUUUCAUACAGAUGAUUAUGAAUUAGCAUUACUUCGUUAUAAUCAUUGCCCAUUUUGUCGAAUACCCAGUACUGCUGCUAUUAAAAAUAUAUAAACAUAUUUCGACAUAAUUUGGCAUAAUUAGGUUAACUUAAGAUAAUAUUUUUGUAGUUGUAAAAAUUAAUAGUUACAAAAUUGUAUUUCGUAA